GGCAAACGACACUUAAAUUAUCUCUGCAGUUCACAUCGAAAUUUCAUCCCACAACGUUCUGUGUGAAAUCAAAUGUAAUAAUGAAUUUUCAAGGGGAUUCUCAUGUCCAAUAUAUAUCUGAAAAAGAUAUCAAACUAGUUCUGAGCGAGUACGGAUUUGGGGAUGGUAUAAUAGAAAACUACUCAGUGCAUUAUGUUGGAGAUAAAAUGGUUGGGUUUGGAGCCGACUACUUGAAGUUGCAAGUACCUGUGAUAUCAAACAACAAGAGAGAGCAGCACAACUUUUUCAUCAAAGCGGUUUCUCUGACGAAUGCCGCUAAAGCGAACAUGGAUAAGGAGAUGGGGACCUUUGACAAUGAACGAUUCUUUCAUGAUGUUAUCCAAAGGAAUAUUGCUGUACCAGGUAUGCAGCCAUGGAGUGCAAAAUUUGUGUCAUGCCUCGAAAACGCAGUGGUGUUCGAAGAUUUGUCAGCUCUACAAUACGAAAUGAGGAGUAGAUUUGCCAAAUUUGACGAGCAACACACCCAGCAAGCACUCCAAGCUCUAGCUAGAUUUCACGCGAGCUCUAUCAUCUUUGAGGAGACAAGAACUAAAGAAUUACAUCGAACUUACACACUUGAAGAACGAUAUAAUGAAAAAUUGGGGUCAGGAGGCUUCAUCGAAACAGAUUCGUGGUUUAUCCAAUGCAGAAUAGGAGCUUUAGAAGCUGUUAAAGCCUUCUCAAAAUAUAGGUACUUGGAUGUCAUGAAAAUCAUUGAAAAACGGUGGAACACCGUGUUCAACUCUGUUUUGAUUUUAGCCGAGCCAUCUAAGGAGCAUCGUAACGUGUUAUGUCAUAGAGAUUUGUGGAAUAAUAAUAUGUUGUUUCAUUAUAAGAGAGUAGAAGACGGCAGUGUAGCGCCUGACGAUUGUGUGUUCGUGGAUUUUGCUGCUGUGCGGUGCAUGCCGCCAGCGGGCGACGUUAUGCAACUUCUUCACUGUAACUUGACGCCUCGUUAUCGAAAACAAAACCUCGACUACAUUCUGUCCUACUACUACAACGAACUUAAACUAGUACUUGGGAAUCAUAGCAUCGAUAUUGAAGAAUUUUUAACUAAGGAUAACUUUAUGAGUUCAGCAAAAGAACAGAAUAUUUGGGGUCUUGUAACGCACGCGUGCUUAAUGCAAACGUUUUGGCUGGAUGAUGAUAUGAUGAAGAAGAUAUCCAAGGAUUCUGCGCUGUUCGAUGAGAUCAUGUUGAAUGACAAAACUACUUUUAUGAAGAACAUGAUGAAAAAGGAUAAUGAUUACAAAAAAGUGAUAUUGGAAGUGCUUGACGAGUUUAUUGAACAAUACAUUCUAAAUGAAAACGGAAUUCAAAUAUAA